CAUGUGUGUGUGCGGGUAUACAUUUUGUUCAGUGGGUAUUUAAAGAGCUAAGCACUGAGACUGGAUUUCCACAAACGAUCAUCACGAGCACUCCAGACACACCAAACUUCCUCUCUUGGAUGGAGGAUGAAGCUGUCCUGGACAGAGGGGCUUCCUUCCUUAAGCAUGUGUGUGAUGAAGAAGAAGUAGAAGGCCACCAUACCAUCUACAUUGGGGUCCAUGUGCCCAAGAGCUACCGGAGAAGGAGACGUCACAAGAGAAAGACAGGGCACAAAGAAAAGAAAGAAAAAGAAAGAAUUUCUGAGAACUACUCUGACAAAUCAGAUGUGGAAAAUGCUGAUGAAUCCAGCAGUGGCAUCCUCAAACCUCUCAUCUCUCCAGCCGCAGAGCGCAUUCGAUUCAUCUUGGGAGAGGAAGAUGACAGCCCAGCACCUCCUCAGCUCUUCACUGAACUGGAUGAGCUGUUGGCCGUGGAUGGGCAGGAGAUGGAGUGGAAGGAGACUGCAAGGUGGAUUAAGUUUGAAGAAAAAGUGGAACAAGGUGGAGAAAGAUGGAGCAAGCCCCACGUGGCUACCUUGUCCCUACACAGCUUAUUUGAGCUGAGGACAUGUAUGGAGAAAGGAUCCAUUAUGCUGGACCGGGAGGCUUCUUCUCUCCCACAGUUGGUGGAGAUGAUCGUUGACCACCAGAUUGAGACGGGCCUAUUGAAACCGGACCUGAAGGAUAAGGUGACCUAUACUUUGCUCCGGAAACACCGGCAUCAGACCAAGAAAUCCAACCUUCGUUCCCUGGCUGACAUUGGGAAGACUGUCUCCAGUGCAAGUAGGAUGUUUACCAACCCUGAUAAUGGUAGCCCAGCCAUGACCCAUAGGAAUCUGACUUCCUCCAGUCUGAAUGACAUUUCUGAUAAGCCAGAAAAGGACCAGCUAAAGAAUAAGUUUAUGAAAAAGCUGCCACGGGAUGCGGAAGCUUCCAAUGUGCUUGUUGGGGAGGUGGACUUCUUGGACACUCCUUUCAUCGCCUUUGUUCGGUUACAGCAGGCAGUCAUGCUGGGUGCCCUGACUGAAGUCCCUGUGCCCACAAGGUUCUUGUUCAUUCUCUUAGGUCCUAAGGGAAAAGCCAAGUCCUACCAUGAGAUUGGCAGAGCCAUUGCCACCUUGAUGUCUGAUGAGGUAUUCCAUGACAUUGCUUAUAAAGCAAAAGACAGGCAGGACCUGAUUGCUGGCAUUGAUGAGUUCCUAGAUGAAGUCAUUGUCCUUCCACCUGGGGAAUGGGAUCCAGCAAUCAGGAUAGAGCCUCCUAAGAGUCUUCCAUCUUCUGACAAAAGAAAGAAUAUGUACUCAGGUGGAGAGAAUGUUCAGAUGAAUGGGGACACACCCCACGAUGGAGGACAUGGUGGAGGAGGACAUGGGGAUUGUGAAGAACUGCAGCGAACUGGAAGGUUCUGUGGUGGAUUAAUUAAGGACAUUAAAAGGAAAGCACCAUUUUUUGCCAGUGAUUUUUAUGAUGCUUUAAACAUUCAGGCUCUUUCAGCAAUUCUCUUCAUCUAUCUGGCAACUGUAACUAAUGCUAUCACUUUUGGAGGCCUGCUCGGGGAUGCCACUGACAACAUGCAGGGCGUGUUGGAAAGUUUCCUGGGUACCGCUGUCUCUGGAGCUGUCUUUUGCCUUUUUGCUGGUCAGCCACUCACUAUUUUGAGCAGCACAGGACCUGUCUUAGUUUUUGAGAGGCUUCUAUUUAAUUUUAGCAAGGACCAUAAUUUUGAUUAUUUGGAGUUUCGCCUUUGGAUCGGCCUGUGGUCGGCUUUCCUGUGUCUUAUUUUGGUAGCCACAGAUGCCAGCUUCUUGGUUCAGUACUUCACUCGUUUCACAGAAGAGGGCUUCUCUUCUCUGAUCAGCUUCAUCUUUAUCUAUGAUGCUUUCAAGAAAAUGAUCAAGCUAGCAGAUUACUACCCCAUCAACUCUGACUUCAAAGUGGGCUACAAUACUCACUUUUCCUGUGCCUGUGUGCCACCUGACCCAGUUAAUAUCACAAUAUCUAAUGACACUGCACUGGCCCCAAAGGAUUUGCCAGCUAUUUCUUCUACUAAUGUGUACCGUAAUGCUACCUUUGACUGGGCAUAUUUGUCGAAGAAGGAGUGUUUGAAAUAUGGAGGAAAGCUCGUGGGGAACAACUGUGAUUUUGUUCCUGAUAUCACACUCAUGUCUUUCAUCCUUUUCUUUGGCACCUACACCUCUUCUAUGGCUCUGAAAAAAUUCAAAACUAGUCGUUAUUUUCCAACCACAGCAAGAAAACUAAUUAGCGAUUUUGCCAUUAUCUUGUCCAUUCUCAUAUUUUGUGGAAUAGAUGCCCUAGUAGGUGUGGAUACUCCAAAACUUAUUGUGCCAAGUGAGUUUAAGCCAACAAGUCCAAACCGAGGUUGGUUUGUUCCACCUUUUGGAGGAAACCCCUGGUGGGUGUGCCUUGCCGCUGCUAUUCCUGCUUUGUUGGUCACCAUUCUGAUUUUCAUGGACCAACAAAUCACAGCUGUGAUUGUAAACAGGAAAGAACAUAAACUCAAGAAAGGAGCUGGGUAUCACCUGGAUCUCUUUUGGGUGGCCAUCCUCAUGGUGGUGUGCUCCUUCAUGGCUCUUCCGUGGUAUGUGGCUGCUACCGUCAUCUCCAUUGCUCACAUUGACAGUUUGAAGAUGGAGACAGAGACUUCUGCACCUGGAGAACAACCAAAGUUUCUAGGAGUAAGGGAACAAAGAGUCACUGGAACCCUUGUGUUUAUUCUGACUGGUCUGUCAGUUUUUAUGGCUCCCAUCUUGAAGUUUAUCCCUAUGCCUGUACUGUAUGGUGUGUUCCUAUACAUGGGGGUGGCCUCCCUUAAUGGGGUGCAGUUCAUGGAUCGUCUGAAGCUGCUUCUGAUGCCUCUAAAGCAUCAGCCGGACUUUAUUUACCUGCGUCAUGUCCCCCUGCGCCGAGUCCACCUGUUCACGUUCCUGCAGGUGUUGUGUCUGGCCCUGCUCUGGAUCCUCAAGUCAACGGUGGCUGCUAUCAUUUUUCCAGUCAUGAUUUUGGCACUUGUAGCUGUCAGAAAAGGUAUGGACUACCUCUUUUCUCAGCAUGACCUCAGCUUCCUCGAUGAUGUCAUUCCAGAAAAGGACAAGAAAAAAAAAGAAGACGAGAAGAAAAAGAAAAAGAAGAAGGGAAGUUUGGACAGCGACAAUGAUGAU